UUGCUUUUGGGGGUUCCACGUGGGUGGCUCCCUUAAGCUGCACCCCGAUGGGGAAAGCUCGUAAGCGGCAUAACUGGAAGGCGCGUUUGCCAGGCGGAUCCGGCCAGCAGGAUGUCCCGGUCCAGGAGACCGUGCAGCUAGAACUGGGGGAUGAAGCCUCCUUGAAAGGAGUGGAUGGAAGCAACGCCUUGGUGCUUCCGUCACGAAAAACCAAAGGUCGAAAAAGGGAGCCCGAGAAGGGCCCAGAAAAGAAACCUCUGAGCAAAAAGAGGAAAAAACUUCUACAGAAGGUUUUGGAGCAGAAGGAAAAAAAGGAGAAGCGCGCCGAGCUGCUAAGAAAGCUGAGUGAAGUCCAGGCUCCAGAAACUGAAAUGAAGCUGUUGUAUACUACAUCUAAGCUAGGGAUGGGGAAACGCAUGUACCAGCAGAAACGGACAAUCCAGGAAGUGAGGGCCUCCUGUCCGGAAAGGAUUAGGAGCGUUGCGGGUGCUAACAAGAAAAGCAAACUUGAACCAGAUGUCGAGUCUGAGGAGGAGGAGGAAGAUGAAAGCUCAAGUGCGCAGGAAGGAGAACCAGAAGAUCAGAUAGGCAAAACCAGCCCCGUGAUCCCGAGUGCCACUCCAGUGCCACUCCAGCCAACGAAUGCAGCCACGGCUUCCCCCAGCAUCCCAAAGCAACGUGGUCCACCUUCCAAGCCCUCCUCAGUGCCUGCAGUUUUCAUCCCUGUGGAUAGAUCUCCAGAGAUUCAGGAAGCCAGACUGAAGCUGCCAAUUCUGGCGGAAGAGCAAGUCAUCAUGGAAGCCAUUAACGAGAACCCGGUGAUUAUUGUGUGCGGAGAAACCGGCAGUGGUAAAACUACUCAAGUACCCCAGUUCCUUUAUGAAGCAGGGUAUGCCAGCUCCGGCGGUAUCAUUGGCAUCACAGAACCUCGGCGUGUCGCAGCCGUGUCCAUGUCCCAUCGUGUUGCAAAAGAGAUGAAUUUGUCCCAUCGGGUGAUUUCGUACCAAAUACGUUACGAAGGGAACGUGACUGCCGAAACCAGAAUCAAAUUCAUGACGGAUGGUGUGCUGUUAAAGGAAAUCCAGAAGGAUUUCUUGUUGUCCAAGUACCGAGUCAUUAUUCUCGAUGAAGCUCACGAAAGAAGCGUGUACACGGAUAUCCUGAUCGGCCUCUUGUCUCGCAUCGUGCCCCUUCGGGCCAAGAAGGGGCAUCCGCUGAAGCUGGUCGUUAUGUCUGCCACUCUACGUGUGGAAGACUUCACGGCCAACAAGAAACUGUUUUCUACGCCUCCUCCCGUUAUACAGGUGGAUGCGAGGCAGUUUCCCGUGGCCGUUCACUUUAACAAAAGAACCCCUCUGGAUGACUAUGCUGGGGAAUGUUUCCGGAAGGUCUGCAAAAUUCACCGAAUGCUACCCUCAGGAGGCAUCUUGGUGUUCCUCACCGGCCAGGCGGAAGUGCAUUCGCUUUGUAGGAGGCUGAGGAAGUUUUUUCCUUUCCGCAGAAAUGUGCCCCAAGGUGAUGAAGACAAGGAGGAUUCAGUGGAAGAAACAAGGAAAUUUAAGAAAGCGAAACACACCAAAAAAAUGGCACUACCUAAAAUUGAUCUAGAUAACUACUCUGUUAUGCCGGUUGACGAAGGAGAUGAGGACAGAGAUGCUGGAGCGGAGGAUGAUGAAGAUGCUGACGUUGUGGGCUCGGAUCUUGACCUUGACUUGGGAGAAGAUGGCUUGGAAGAUGAGAAGCCGGACUCUUCCCUUCCACUUUACGUUCUUCCGCUCUACUCCUUACUGGCGCCAGAAAAACAAGCCAAGGUUUUCAGGCCUCCUCCUGCUGGGACACGGUUAUGUGUCGUGGCCACCAACGUGGCCGAAACAUCUUUGACCAUCCCAGGCAUCAAGUAUGUGGUGGACUGUGGGAAGGUGAAGAAGCGUUUCUAUGACAAAAUCACUGGGGUUUCAUCUUUCAAAGUCACCUGGACGUCUCAGGCUUCUGCCAACCAACGGGCCGGUCGAGCCGGCCGCACGGAACCUGGCCACUGUUACAGGCUCUACUCUUCGGCUGUCUUCAGCGACUUCGAGAAGUUCACUCCUCCAGAGAUUACCAGGCGACCCGUUGAAGAUUUAAUUUUGCAGAUGAAAGCGCUGAACAUUGAAAAGGUGAUCAAUUUCCCUUUCCCUACGCCUCCACCAACGGAUGCGCUUGUAGCUGCUGAGGACUUGCUGAUUGCUCUGGGGGCCUUGCAGGAACCGCCCAGAUCUGGAAGGCUGAAAAAACUCCAGGAAGCAAAGCUGAGCUGUCCCAUUAGCCCCUUGGGGAUUACGAUGGCAUCCUUUCCAGUGGCGCCCCGUUACGCGAAGAUGCUUGCUCUAAGCAGACAGCACAAUUGCUUACCCUACAUCAUCACUUUAGUGUCUGCCCUGACAGUUCGAGAGCUUUUUGAAGAGUUUGACAGACCUGCCAUGAGCGAAGCCGAGCAGGAGAAGCUCAAGGGGAAAAAGGCACGAGUGGCACAGAUGCAGCGGAUCUGGGCCGGACAAGGACCCUCCCAGAAAUUGGGAGACCUCAUGGUAAUGUUAGGAGCCGUGGGGGCCUGCGAGUAUGCAGGAUGCGCGCCCAGCUUCUGUGAGGCAAACGGCCUGCGCUACAAAGCCAUGGUGGAAAUCAGGCGCUUGCGAGGACAGCUGACCACAGCAGUGAACUCAAUCUGCUCCGAUGCCAGCCUUUUUGUUGACCCCAAAAUGAAGCCCCCGACAGAGACCCAGGUGACUUACCUGCGACAGAUAGUCCUGGCAGGGCUUGGAGACCACAUUGCCCGAAGGAUCCAAGCAGAAGAGCUCCUCGAUGAGAAGUGGAAAAAUGGUUACAAGACUCCCCUUCUGGACGAUCCAGUCUUCAUCCACCCGAACUCUGUCCUCUUCAAACAGCUCCCUGAGUUUGUGGUCUAUCAGGAAAUAGUUGAAACCACAAAAAUGUACAUGAAAGGCAUUUCAGCCAUCGAGCCCGACUGGAUUCCCCUCCUCUUGCCUCCCUACUGCCACUUCGAAAAGCCACUCGAUCAUCCUCCCCCUUCUUACUGUCCUAAAACAGGCAGCGUCAAAUGCCAUAGGCCUAGUGUCUUCUAUCGGAUUGGGUGGCAACUUCCAGCCGUGGAGGUGGAUUACCCUGAAGGCAUCGAUCGCUACAAAUACUUCGCCAAGUUCUUACUGGAAGGGAAGGUCUUUAAAAAGUUGGGCUCCUUUACCCGCUGCCUGCUGUCUAAUCCUUCCACAAUGUUGAAAACGUGGGCCAAACUCCAACCAAGGACCGAGUCCCUCCUGAAAGCUCUGGUGUCAGAAAACGCUGAUAAUCGGGAUGCGUUACUUACUGCCUGGAACAGGAACCCAAAAUAUAUGUUGACCGAAUAUUGUCAGUGGAUCCCAGAAGCGGCACAUGAAAACGUAUCUAAAAUUUGGCCACCAGUAAUGCCGUGAACUGUCGAGCACGUUGUCCUCUGCUGACCCCUCCACAAGGGCCUCCCCUAGAACUGCCUUGGCUGCGAAGACCCAACAGGGAAAGAGGUGUCCGUAUUUGCAAGGAAAGGAAAAGACUGGCUUGUUCACGGAGUGGUGGGCCGUCUUCAUUCCUUUGCGUCGGUUCCUUGCAGUGUGCUUGCUUAGGUGGGCACAUAUAUUGUAUUGAAGGGAGCAGAUCCAUGGAUACAAAAGGACACGCACAGAGAUGUUCUUCCUCCCUUGGUAUGAAUGGGGAUAUCGUUAUGGGUAGAUGUAUCUAUCAUAUACAAAGACGUUUUAGUGCUUAGCUAGUUCGGGAGAUUUCAUUGUUGCCAAGUGGCUCGAGCUCUUAACUCCCUGGUUUUACUGCAGCUGACAAACCGAGAGGCCAGCAUCCUUUUCUAGGAAAUGCACUUUACCAAGAUGGAUCAGUCCAAACUGUGAUACAUCCUAGUCUGAAAGAACAAUUUCAGGAUCACCGGCAAGCCUCAGUUUGAGUUGAACACUGAAAUAAAGACACUCUACUCUAUUGCUAUAAAAGGAUCAUCCAAGACAUUUUGCUGGCCGCGUUCAUAAGGGUGGCUAGUUGGAUAAUUUUCAGCUGUGUUGUUCUUUUUCCUUUUGGAAAAAAAAACGCAUUUAGGCUAUAUUAGUUUUGUGGUCAGAUCUCCCUUGGGGUCCGAGGUGCCUUGAACACCCACGUCCAGAGAGAGAAGAAACUGGCAUCCUCAUAACUUCUGAAAACAAGCUAACACUUUCUUUCCCCUACAUUUAUUUUCUGCUUGUUUGAUCUCUACUAGGAUUUUUUUAUGCCGUGGAAUAUGUGUGUUCCCUUUAAACGUGUAUAUAUAUAUAUUUAACUAUAUAUAUAUUUGCAAUUUGAGCAAGAACUUAUAAAAACAUUACAAAGAAUACAUUUUUCAGAGAUGUAAUCAUGAAUGUAUGAAUGAGAAACGUAAGUCGUUUUAAGAUUUAUGGAUUGAUGUGAGACAGUCUUGAUGUACAUCCUUAACAUAAAGGGCCAUCCUACGCUGCCCCAGGCGUGUUGGAAUGAAGCGCUGGCUUCACUGGGCAGGAGAGGGGGAUGGCGGAGCUGGUGUUAGCUUGCUAGGUUGCUUCAAGCAAAUGAAAUACCCCUUAUGGAAAAAGGUUAUUUUCAAAGCCGUUUGGUUGUGUUGCCAUUUGAGGGGCACAAUUUAGUGUAAUUGGUAGAGGGCUGGCCAAAAAUGGUGCUCUCCGUACUUAAAGCAGCUAAAGGCUUCUUUACUGUAUAAAUUCACUAUGUAUAACAUGUUAAUAAUUGGUUUUGUAUUACAAUAAUGCAAUUUUCUGAAAUGUUUCUGAAAUAAAGAGACCUUUUCUUUUCCUACUCA